AUGGCCGCGGACGACGACCUCGCCUACCUCCUGUCGAUCGCUCCCGACGACGACGAGGCGUCGGGCCCGGACUCGCCCGCGCCCGCCCCCGCACGCGACCCCACACCCGCGCACCCAGCACCACACCCGUCCGCAACACAGCGACCGCAAGACCCCCCCGCACGCGCGCCCGACGACGACCCCCCGCCGGCGUCCGUCGCUCCGGGGGCGUUCGCGGCCAUUUUCGGCGCCGGGAAGCCGCCCCAACCCUCCCAGCGCAGCCAUGUGGCAGCGGGACAGGCUCAACCCUCCGCGCGCCCGUCCGCGAGCGGCCGGACCGUGCCGCCGCCGCAGAGGGUGCCGCUGCCUGCGCACAUGGCGGCACAGACAAGCGCGCGCCCCGCCGCGGCAACAACGUCCGCCUUCGGCAUGAAGCGCGCACAGGGGGGGGUGUCCGACCGCAGCCAGCAGCCUGACGAGGCGUUCCGGGACCCGCUGACAGGUCUCCACGUCAUCAAGCCCGUGUUCUCGCUGAUGGCGCUGCGUACGAGGUUCGAGCUGUACCAGUACUUCCAGCUGGGCACGCACCCCGCCGCCGAGAGCCGCGAGGGCCGCGGGCAGGGCGCGGGGGGGGACCAAAGGCCGUGGGGCACCGUCGGCGUGCUAGUCGAGAAAAAGAAGGCAGCUACGACGAAGACCGGCGGCGUCUACCACGUGUGGGGGCUGCGGGACGCACACGGCAACAGCAUGACGCUGUUCCUGUUCGGCGACGCCGUGAAGGCCCACGGCACCAUGCUCGACGGCACCGUGCUGGCUAUCUUUGACGCGCGGGUGCGGGCCGGGAAGGGCGACACGACGAUCUCGGUGGACCGCCACGACCAGAUCAUCAAGGUGGGGAGGAGCGGGGACUUCACGCACUGCCGCGGCGCCGACGAGGACGGAGCAAAGUGCAGGGUCGUUGUGGCCUCGGGGGAACUGUACUGCCGCCGGCACUUGAAGGCGCGCAAGGACCUGCUGCGGCGCUCGCGUCGCCCUGACGUCACCGGGGCUCUGCACGUCACGAACAUGGGCAGCACCAUCCGGUAUAAGGAUCCAGCCCGGGCGCACCUUGUUGCGUUGGGCGGCGAGGUCGGGGCGCGGCCUGCGUUUGCGGAUCAGGGGACGGACUCAGCGGUGCACAAGCGCGCGCUGGCGGCCGGGAAGACGAUGGGCGCGAAGUACCUGACGGCGGUCACGGAGGCGCAGCAGCGGGAGCGCGAGCGCGAGCAGAGCGCGCGGUCUGCGGCGGGGCAGCAGGCCACGGAGGACGCGGGGCUGAUCCAGCGGCUGAUUCGCGCCCAGCGGGACCCGAACGACACGUCGCGCAUAAUGCCGGAGCAGGCGAAGCUGCAGGCGCGAAAGCUGCUGGAGCCAGAGCGCGACAGCGCCCCCGACCCCGACCCCGCGGCGGCGCGGCUCGAGAGGGCAGUGAAGCACGACCCCGGGGGGAGUCGCGGGGGUGCUCUCGUGGUGAAGCCGGCGGCCUCGGUUUCGCGCCAGGCAGCGGCGGCAGCAGCGGCGCGAGGGCCGCUCGAGGCGGCCGCCGCGCGCCUCAACGCGGGCGCGGCGACCGCAAGGACUGGCGGCCCCCUGGGGAGGGUGUCGGCAGGCGGCGUCAGGAAGAAGACGUCGCGGCCGGCGCCCGGCUCGUUCGCCGCGGCGUUUGCCGGCGCGACCGCGCUGGCCGGGGCGGCGACGGCGCUCGAGAAGAAGCGCAUGAUGAUGGAGGCUGCGGAGGACCGCGCGAUGCGCGUCGUGGACCAUUUCGUGGAGAAGGAGGUGAUGGAAGAGGGGGAGAACGGCGGGAAGGAUCCGGACGAGGUGCAGGCGUACUACUGUCUGACGUGUCGGACGUGGUCGCAGUAUCGGCCGAAGAAGGAUUGCCUGAAGUGGAACCACAAGGUGGAGAAGAAGACGGCGCGGCAGCGGUGGUUCCGUUGCGUGGAGUGCCGGGCGAUCGAGUGCGCGGUGGGGACGAUCGUGCCGUCGGGCGGGUGCAGGAAGUGCGGCGCGGUGCGGUGCUGGAAGGCUUGCGAGCGGCCGCAGAGGCGCAAGCGGGCGCUGGACGCGCUGCUGGAGGAGCGCGACAAGCUGCAGGUGACUGUCGAUGGGCAGAGACACGACUACGACGAAGUCAGCUGA